CGGGCGGGCGGGCCGAGCAGACGAGUUGAACCCCCGCCGCCGCCGCGGGAGAAGCCUGGGCGUCCGCUCGGCGUCACCUCGAUCCCCGUAACCCCCGCGUCUCCCCACCUCCGGCCGGGCCAUGGCGGAACGCGGAGGGGCGGGCGGUGGUCCCGGAGGCGCCGGGGGCGGCAGCGGCCAGCGGGGCUCUGGGGUCGCCCAGUCCCCGCCGCAGCAGCCGCCGCAGCAGCAGCCGGCGCCGCAGCAGCCGACGCCCCCCAAGCUGGCCCAGGCCACCUCGUCGUCCUCGUCCACCUCGGCAGCGGCCGCCUCCUCCUCGUCCUCGUCCACCUCCACCUCCAUGGCCGUCGCGGUGGCCUCGGGCUCCGCGCCCGCCGGCGGCCCGGGGCCAGGCCGCACCCCCGCCCCCGUGCAGAUGAACCUGUACGCCACCUGGGAGGUGGACCGGAGCUCGUCCAGCUGCGUGCCCAGGCUGUUCAGCUUGACCCUGAAAAAACUCGUCAUGCUAAAAGAAAUGGACAAAGAUCUUAACUCGGUGGUCAUCGCGGUGAAGCUGCAGGGUUCAAAAAGGAUCCUUCGCUCCAACGAGAUCAUCCUUCCAGCUAGUGGGCUGGUGGAAACAGAGCUGCAGUUAACCUUCUCGCUCCAGUACCCUCAUUUCCUGAAGCGAGACGCCAACAAGCUGCAGAUCAUGUUGCAGAGGAGGAAGCGUUACAAGAACCGGACCAUCCUGGGCUAUAAGACCCUGGCCGUGGGGCUCAUCAACAUGGCAGAGGUGAUGCAGCACCCGAACGAAGGCGCCCUGGUGCUCGGCCUGCACAGCAACGUGAAGGACGUGUCCGUGCCUGUGGCAGAAAUAAAGAUCUACUCCCUGUCCAGCCAGCCCAUUGACCACGAGGGCAUCAAGUCCAAGCUGUCUGACCGUUCCCCUGACAUUGACAAUUACUCCGAGGAGGAGGAGGAGAGCUUCUCGUCGGAACAGGAGGGCAGUGACGACCCGCUGCACGGCCAGGACCUGUUCUACGAAGACGAGGACCUGCGGAAAGUCAAGAAGACCCGGAGGAAACUCACCUCGGCCUCUGCCAUCACCAGGCAACCUAACAUCAAACAGAAGUUCGUGGCCCUGCUGAAGCGGUUUAAAGUUUCAGACGAGGUGGGCUUCGGGCUGGAACACGUAUCCCGGGAACAGAUACGGGAAGUGGAAGAGGACUUGGACGAGCUCUAUGACAGUCUGGAGAUGUACAACCCCAGCGACAGUGGCCCCGAGAUGGAGGAGACGGAGAGCAUCCUUAGCACACCGAAGCCCAAGCUCAAGCCGUUCUUUGAGGGGAUGUCGCAGUCAAGCUCACAGACGGAGAUUGGCAGCCUCAACAGCAAGGGGAGCCUCGGCAAGGACACCACCAGCCCUAUGGAAUUGGCUGCUCUAGAAAAAGUCAAAUCGGCUUGGAUUAAAAAUCAAGAUGACAGCUUGACUGAAACAGACACGCUGGAAAUCACUGACCAGGACAUGUUUGGAGACACGAGCACCAGUCUGGUCGUGCCCGAGAAAGUCAAAACGCCCAUGAAGUCCAGCAAAACGGACCUGCAAGGCUCCGCCUCGCCCAGCAAAGUGGACGGGGUGCACACCCCCCGGCAGAAGAGGAGCACCCCGCUGAAGGAGCGGCAGCUCUCCAAGCCCCUGAGCGAGAGGACCAACAGCUCAGACAGCGAGCGCUCCCCAGACCUGGGCCACAGCGCUCAGAUUCCCAGGAAGGUGGUGUAUGACCAACUGAAUCAGAUCCUGGUGUCGGAUGCCGCCCUCCCAGAAAACGUCAUCCUUGUCAACACCGCCGACUGGCAGGGCCAGUACGUGGCGGAGCUGCUCCAGGACCAGCGGAAGCCUGUCGUGUGCACCUGCUCCACGGUGGAGGUCCAGGCUGUGCUGUCCGCCCUGCUCACCCGUAUCCAGCGCUACUGCAACUGCAACUCCUCCAUGCCGAGGCCCGUGAAGGUGGCGGCGGUGGGCGGCCAGAGCUACCUGAGCUCCAUCCUCCGGUUCUUCGUCAAGUCGCUGGCCAGCAAGACCUCUGACUGGCUGGGCUACAUGCGCUUCCUCAUCAUUCCACUCGGUUCUCACCCGGUGGCCAAAUACUUGGGCUCCGUCGACAGUAGGUACAGCAGCACCUUCCUUGAUUCUGGCUGGAGGGAUCUGUUCAGUCGCUCGGAGCCCCCGGUGUCAGAGCAACUGGACGUGGUGGGGCGGGUCAUGCAGUAUGUCAACGGGGCGGCCGUGACGCACCAGCUGCCCGUGGCGGAAGCCAUGCUGACCUGCAGGCAUAAGUUCCCCGACGAAGACUCGCACCAGAAGUUUAUCCCCUUCAUUGGCGUGGUGAAGGUGGGGCUGGUUGAAGACUCUCCUUCCACUACAGGUGAUGGGGAUGACGCGCCUGUGGUCAGCCUCACUGUGCCCUCCACGUCACCGCCCUCCAGCUCGGGCCUGAGCCGAGACGCCACGGCCACCCCGCCGUCCUCCCCCUCCAUGAGCAGCGCCCUUGCCAUCGUGGGGAGCCCCAACAGCCCAUAUGGGGACGUGAUUGGCCUCCAAGUGGACUACUGGCUGGGCCACCCUGGGGAGCGGAGGAGGGAAGGUGACAAGAGGGACGCCAGCUCCAAGAACACCCUCAAGAGCGUCUUCCGCUCGGUGCAGGUGUCCCGCCUGCCCCACGGUGGGGAGGCCCAGCUUUCCGGCACCAUGGCCAUGACCGUGGUCACCAAAGAGAAGAACAAGAAAGUGCCCACCAUCUUCCUGAGCAAGAAACCUCGAGAAAAGGAGGUGGAUUCAAAGAGCCAGGUCAUCGAAGGCAUCAGCCGCCUCAUCUGCUCUGCCAAGCAACAGCAGACCAUGCUGAGAGUGUCCAUCGACGGAGUCGAGUGGAGUGACAUCAAGUUCUUCCAGCUGGCCGCCCAGUGGCCCACCCACGUCAAGCACUUUCCAGUGGGACUGUUCAGUGGCAGCAAGGCCACCUGAGGGCACCGUCUCCCGGCCACUCUCCCUCCUGGCACUGCCACCAGCCUCACCGCCUGCGGGCAGGGGGAGGCCAGCAGGCCUGGGCCCAGCAUCCCCUUUCCUGGCCCUGGGUCCUGCGUCCCCCUUGCCCGGUCCCAAAGGACACUGCCACUGGGGACGCUGCUCCCCUCCCCACUGCUCGGUCCCACCCCUGGGCAGCCCCAUCACCUUCCCCUCCAGGCCCAGGGCAGGUUGAUUUGGCCUUUGGGCGCUCAUCCCCGGGCCCUGGAAUCGAGUCCUCCAGGCCUUCCUCCACCUGGCUUCCACCUCUUCCCUCACGUGGCACCAGUUCCCUUCCUGGAAAUAGGAGACCUGGAGUCCUGGCCGUGGCAGGGAGCCCAGCCUCCCCCACCCUCACCCCCACCCCCCAGGAUCUCGUUUUCUAAAGCUCAGCUGCCGGACGCUGCUCAGCCUGCUCCCUCCAGUGGGGCCAAAGCCAAGGCCACUUCCCGCUGCUGGGGUGUGAGGGGCACGGCACCCCCUGCCCCCCAUAGCCACAGGGGCAGCCGCCACCCCCUCUCCACCCCAGGGCAGCAUUUCUGGGCUGGAGGGGCCUUUGUGGUCUCCCCCACGCACGGCUCUCACCACCCCCAGGUCCCCUGGAGAUGCCACCUGUGGCCCUGGGCGUCUCUGGCCGUCUGUAGCCAGUCUCGUGGUGGUUGUGUGUGACUGCCGGGCAUCGGUCCCUGUCCUUGGGGCUCCCCCUUGUUGCCGACUUUCCUCCUCUGCCUCUCGCUCUCCCCACAGCACAACGCUGCCUCUGCCCGAAACUCUGCGCUCCGGGAGAGGUGGGAGGCCCACCCCCACCGCGUGUCAUCUGUGGCUCCUGUGCCCGUGUGUCCGUCUGUCUCCUUUCCCUGGUCUGUUGUGCCCCUGCUCACUCCCCGGCUCCUGGCCUGGGCGGACCCUGGCCUGCCCGCCGCGUCUCCCUCUCUCUGCGGCCUGGGGUCCAGGGGGCAGGGGGACGGCUGAGCCCCUCCUCGGCCCCCUUCCCUGGGCCUUCUCGGGAGCAGCUGAGCACGUGGCGUGGAGCUCCCGGCCACAGCCCUCCGGCCCGCCAGCACGUCCAGAGCUUUGCUGUUGCCCCCUCACCCCUCCUAGAAGUUUUUGCACAGAACUUCCCUUUGAGAAGUGUUUUUCUCAUUCUCCAUACCUCCCCCAAACUCCUCCAGCCCUUCCCCCGGCUCAGCCCGCCGUCCGGAGCGUCUCCUGGGCCGUGCUGCUCACUCAGGCCGAGAGAGGGCGGGGCGGGAGGACCGAGUGGAUGUUGGAUUUUUCAUUCAAUAAACUGGUGAUUUCUUACCAAUGA